UUACUCCUUGCUCCUGCUUGCCACUGUGUCCUGCAGUAGCAGCAGGCAGUGCGGUAAUACAGAAAGCUUGGAGGAUAAGGACCCGAAGUUCCCUCGGCCUCGUUCCUCCAAAUGCCAACACCGGACUCCGAGGGAGAACUCGGAUAGCACACCAGGACAGCGGGGCGGCAGGUCGGGACACUCAGCGAGAACAUGGCGGCGGCGACAACAACAACGACCUGCUCUGUCCCGUGGCGUCAAUAAAUCAAAGAGACCGCGCGACAUAACGGACGAGCAUCUCUUAACCCGGAGAAGAUGAGGCGAGACCUGAAGGCUGCAGUGUGUUUCUAAGCAACAACAAUACAGCGUUUGCUCAAACACACCAUGGGCUACAAGAUUCCCGGAGCAGCAAUGGACAGGGUCAGCUUGCUGUGGCGUCUGAGGCGUCGCGCUCGCCGUGGAGCCAUCUGCAUGACCUUCUUCUGCAUCUCCAUGGCUCUUCUUUAUGCCCUGUGUGCUGAAAAUAGUGUGCCUGUCACAGAUGCCAUCUUUGGUGUGAGAGCACGUACCAGGGCUCAGCCUCGUACACACUCAGUUGUCAAGGUGCUGCGAGGCGGAGCAAAAUCAAUCUACGCAGACCCUCAGAAGCACCCGGGUAUAAUUGCAGGUGACCCUCACCGCCCAAUCCCCGUCUUGUCUUCACCCAACCACACCAACGAGGACUGGGCGUCUCCACCAAAACGAGCAGCAAAAAUGAAAGAGUCCUCAGGUUUUUUUUCUCACCUGCUGCCAGGCCCUUUCACACGAGCACUGGAGACUCUAUUCGUAGGCCGCCGUAAAGGAGAGCUAAGCGGCAAAUCGGGCGACUCUGAAUUCUUCGGGUCUAAAGGGAUUUUAGGAGAUGUGUGGAAUGAUGAGAUGUCCAGCAGCAUGCUGGGAAACAGGUUGAAGAAGGUGGUGCAGAACUAUCAGGCGAUGAAUAAAUACGGCGUAAAGGUGUCUGGACCUGGUGGCAGCUCCAACCGGCCGAAACUGAGUGGCAGGGAGCUGCUCUGCCAGCUCAAGGAGAAGGUAGCGGUCACCACUUUGACUUCUGAUCAUGAGCCUUUCUCUGCGUUGGCCUGGGCUCCCCUGUUGCUACCCCCACAACAGCUGACCUCUGACUUAGGGCCAUACAAAAGCUGUGCAGUGGUGUCGUCUGCAGGGUCGCUCCGCAACUCCGGACUAGGCAAGGAGAUUGACACUCAUGAUGCGGUGCUACGGUUCAACUCUGCUCCCACCAGCGGCUUUGAGAAAGAUGUUGGCUCCAAAACAACCAUCCGUCUCAUUAACUCACAGGUGAUGGCAUCUGAUGACCAUCGCUUCCUGUCCAGUUCUCUGUACAGCUCAGGUGUUCUGGUUGCCUGGGACCCCGCCCCCUUUUCCUCCAACCUCAGUCAGUGGUACAACCACACAGAUUAUCCCAUCUUCAAUCAGUAUCAGAGAUAUAGGAGGCUUCACCCGCAGCAGCCGUUCUACAUCCUGCAUCCUCGCUUCGAGUGGCAGCUGUGGCAGCGGAUUCAGGACAACAUGGCUGAACCCAUACAGAAAAACCCGCCCUCUUCUGGUCUGCUGGGUACCAUCCUGAUGAUGUCAAUGUGUGAGAUGGUGCACGUCUACGAGUUUCUGCCGUCUCGCCGGAAGACACCACUCUGCCACUACUAUCAGCGAUUCUAUGACGCCGCCUGCACAUUUGGGGCUUACCACCCGCUGCUGUACGAGAAGAACCUGGUCAAGCGCAUGAACCAGGGUUCCGAUCGGGACAUCUACAACCACGGGCGCGUCACACUGCCUGGGUUCAGUGCCAUGAAUUGCACAGCAGAAGCGGUGCAGGAGCACUGAGUGAAACAUGCAUGACAAGUGAGGAUGGACUCAUGUAAACCUCAUAUUUGCUGCUUUUCUUUAAAGAGUACCCUAUGUUGAUAUUUAAUGACGAUCACACAGAAAACACUGGCGUGAAAUGACAAAAACUGGCACUAGCACUUAUAUGUAGGUAAGCUGUUCCAAACUAAGAAUUAUAUACAAUCAAAACCUAAACCUCUGCACAUUCCUUACUGAUGUUUUAGAAAAUUUGAGAAUCCUUUACAGUACUAAGAAACAUUAGCUAAACAUAUAGAGAUAUCAAAUGAUUUUAAAAAGUAACUGCAAAUUCUUUCACUCUAAAAGCAGGAUUUUUGUUUGUAAAAAAUUUUUUACCCUGUAUCCUAAAAACUAAAAUGAUAUACAGUGGGGCAAAAAAGUAUUUAGUCAGCCACCAAUUGUGCAAGUUCUCCCACUUAAAAAGAUGAGAGAGGCCUGUAAUUUUCAUCAUAGAUAUACCUCAACUAUGAGAGACAAAAGGAGAAAAAAAAAUCCAGAAAAUCAAAUUGUCUGAUUUUUAAAGAAUUUAUUUGCAAAAUAUGGUGGAAAAUAAAUAUUUGGUCAGCUACAAACAAGCAAGAUUUCUGGCUCUCACAGACCUGUAACUUCUUCUGUAAGAGGCUCCUCUGUCCUCCACUCGUUACCUGUAUUAAUGGCACCUGUUUGAACCCGUUAUCAGUAUAAAAGACACCUGUCCACAACCUCAAACUAAACUCCACCAUGGCCAAAACUAGAGAGCUGUCAAAGGACACCCGAAACAAAAUUAUAGACCUGCACCAGGCUGGGAAGACUGAAUCUGCAAUAGGUAAACAGCUUGGUGUGAAGAAAUCAACUGUGGGAUCAAUUAUUAGAAAAUGGAACACAUACAAGACCACUUAUAAUCUCCCUCGAUCUGGGGCUCCACGCAAGAUCUCACCCCGUGGGGUCAAAAUGAUCACAAGAACGGUGAGCAAAAAUCCCAGAACCACACGGGGGAACCUAGUGAAUGACCUGCAGAGAGCUGGGACCAAAGUAACAAAGGCUACCAUCAGUAACACACUACGCCGCCAGGGACUCAAAUCCUGCAGUGCCGGACGUGUCCCCCUGCUUAAGCCAGUACAUGUCAAGGCCCGUCUCAAGUUUGCUAGAGAGCAUAUGGAUGAUCCAGAAGAUGACUGGGAGAAUAUCAUAUGGUCAGAUGAAACCAAAAUAGAAAUUUUUGGUACAAACUCUACUCGUUGUGUUUGGAGGAGAAUGCUGAGUUGCAUCCAAAGAACACCAUACCUACUGUGAAGCAUGGGGGUGGAAACAUCAUGCUUUGGGGCUGUUUUUCUGCUAAGGGACCAGGACGACUGAUCCGUGCAAAGGAAAGACUGAAUGGGGCCAUGUAUCGUCAAAUUUUGAGUGAAAAUCUCCUUCCAUCAGCAAGGGCAUUGAAGAUAAAACAUGGCUGGGUCUUUCAGCAUGACAAUGAUCCCAAACACACCGCCCGGGUAACGAAGGAGUGGCUUCGUAAGAAGCAUUUCAAGGUCCUGGAGUGGCCUAACCAGUCUCCAGAUCUCAACCCCAUAGAAAAUCUUUGGAGGGAGUUGUGUUGCCCAGCGACAGCCCCAGAACAUCACUGCUCUAGAGGAGAUCUGCAUGGAGGAAUGGGCCAAAAUACCAGCAACAGUGUGUGAAAACCUUGUGAAGACUUACAGAAAAUGUUUGAUCUCUGUCAUUGCCAACAAAGUGUAUAUAACAAAGUAUUGAGAUGAACUUUGGUUAUUGACCAAAUAUUUAUUUUCCACCAUAUUUUGCAAAUAAAGUCUUUAAAAAUCAGACAAUGUGAUUUUCUGGAUUUUUUUCUCCUUUUGUCUCUCAUAGUUGAGGUACGUAUAUCUAUGAUGGAAAUUACAGGCCUCUCUCAUCUUUUUAAGUGGGAGAACUUGCACAAUUGGUGGCUGACUAAAUACGUUUUUGCCCCACUGUACCAUGUAAUGAGUCCAUUUUUAUGGAGAACAUUAAACCUAACUCCAAAGCAAAGGGAUGUGUAUAACAAAAAUCAAACUUGAUCCUCUAAGCUCAACCUGGUUUAGUUUCUCCUUUUUAAAUGAAAACUAUAUUUGGUCCAGUUUUUGACUAACCUAGGUUAAAACAUUCUCAGAAAUUAGCAGGAUAGUCUUCACUCGACUAUUUGUCGUUUUAAGCCAGAUGUUCAUUUGAAAGCCAUCACCAUAGCCAUCAUUGAAUCCUCUUUUCUUUGAAGUUGCUUAUUUUCCACCAAACAUGAACCUUAAUGGAAAAUAGAUCAAUUUAGGAUAAAAUUGAAAUAUGACUUGUCUCCUAAACAAAAUGCUAUAUAUAUAUAUAAACUCCCAGGUUCUGUUCAUACUUAUAAAAUUAAUAUUAGUUUUAUCUGGCCUUUCAGAUUGCUUCUGUUUCAGCGGCUUUUGUUUAAAAUAAAAGGACUAAUUUUUGUUUUCCGGUUAAUUUGAUCAUUUCUGAAGUUAAAAAAGGCAAAGUUCUUCACUGCCAACAUCUGACUGGGUGCCAUCACUCGGCUCAGUUUACAGCUAAUUUUACACAUGUACAUGUAACUUUCUUGAGCUUUAUUAUUGUUUCAUUGCUCAUUUAUCUCUUGGGCAUUAUUGUUUGGGGAGUUUAGCUGCCCCUCUUGCCAAGGCUCAGGGAGCCCCACUGUCGAAGUGACAGAACAUGUAGAAUGUGGCCUGUUAACUGACUGCAAAUACGAGUACAUUAUCUCUGAAGUUCUGACACUGAAAAAUUCUGUUGCCCUCAGAAUAGAGGUUAGUGUUGCUUUGAUUUAUUAAUUUUUUUCCAUGCAUGUUUGAGAAAUCCUUGAAUCUCCCUUGGCAACUAUUCAGUUGUGCAAAAUGCUUGGGUGGGCUGAGGAAGAGGUUCCUCUUCGGAGCUGCAGUUUUCCAGUUCCUGCCUCAGAGCAGCCCUCCCCUGCGACACCUACAUUAUGCUCCUUCAGACCAGCCAGCAGCAACUUUAAAGCACCUGGUGGAACUGCGCAUCAGCUGAACUCAUUAUACAAACUACUACUUAGUGCAAUACCUGUAAAAAUGCUGUUAAAGGCUUGAUAGAGGAGCAGGGUUCCUUCUUCCUGAAGACGGCUUGUCAGAACAGGAGUUUGGAGAGACAGAGGCCUAAUUUCAAGGCGUUAAAUUACAAAGUCAAAUUAAUUUUAAAUCAUAUUUGAUAUAUACAACAUUGUUAUAAUGACUGAACUAAAGUCAACAAUUACUCAAAUGUGCUACAAAAUAAUCAUGUGUGGCUAGGAAACACAAUCCUGCCCCUUUAAGAGCAUGUAGAAAUCUUGCCACAUGCCGUUUUGCAGAUAUAUUCAGUAACAUAAAUCCGAAUAGCCAAUGUAAAGCAGAAUAACCUAUGUAAAUUAUACAUUUUUAGGGGAUGUGGUGAAUCAUUGUUCAAUUGGAAAAGGUACAAAUAACUAAGUAUUAAAAAUACUUAAUUAAAAAAAAAUCGGUAAACAAUUGAAACUAAUUUAACAAAAGCUAAGUUUGAGUCUAGUUGGAUUCUUAAUGGUUUUGGUCUUAAAGCUGUUUUAACACCUAAGUGAUGUUGGCAUACAGUCUCCAAAAAAUCUAUUUGGAAAAUACCUGUGGAACUUGGCAAGAUGCUUCUGUUCUUCAAAUCCCAGACUGUCAAUGGUACGAUCUGCAUUAUACCCCCUCCACUGUCGUAUGAGUUAAUAUGAUGCCAUAGCAUUUAUAUUGGACAGUGAGACAAUUAUGUUUUGCAUUAAAACAAAUGCAUAAAAACUAACUUCAGACUUUCAAUCAGCAUAAUCGACUUGGUGCACAACUCAGACGUGUGUGUUCCUGCCCAGCUAAGAGGACUAAUUCAGGGGGAAGUGCAGAGCAUACAGAUCUCUGCUUUCUGCAGUAAAUGCACAGUAUUCACACUGCGCUAUCCAGUGCAACCAUCUAAUGAUUGAUAAAAGACCAAACUUAAGUUAUACUAAAAUAGCAUCUUUAUCUGCAUCAUGGUAGCAUCCAGAACAUAUAGUAGCUGCACCCAAAAAUAUCUUAAUAUUUAAAACCUGUGGCAUCCAUCUCUUUGUUUCUUGGGAUACAUUUGUUGUCUAAACAUGGAGUAUGAGAUUGUGACACUGGUCAGGAAGGAAGACUUCAGCACCAUGCAUGUUUAUAUACAUUUAAAACGUACCAGUUCUACAGUCCUGUAACAAACUGCUUGCCCUUAUUCUUUUUAAGUAAUCUUGCAGCUUAUGGAGUUAGAACACCAGGGAGGAAAGUGUCUAGUUCUUGGCUAUGCAAAGAAAAAGGGAGUUUAAGUUUCAGAAAGGGUUGUUUUACAGAAAAUUCCUGAAUUUCAUUUAUGCAUGAUUCUUUUAGGCCUUAGUGUGUACAAAGUGUAUUACAUUGAUGGUAUAAAACAAUUAAGUUAAAAGCCAAACAAUGGUUCUAAAUAACACAAGAUUUUGUUUAAUGCUGAAUAGACUUUUGGAUGUCUGCAGAUGUACAGGCUUCCUGCGUACUUUCUUUAAGCUUACUACAACCAUAGUAAGUUUAGCUUUUCAUAAAAAUUUAAUUAGUAUCUUAUACAUUCUUUAAGAUCAUUUUAGCCAGUAAGCCAGCACUGAUUGGUGCAACAAAUUGUGUGUUUAAGGUCACAGUUUCCUAAUUUGUACGCUUAUUAGACUACCUAGAGAUGAAGCUGCAGUAAAGAUAAUGUGUGUAAAUGUGAAGGUUUCCACUCCUGUAGUGAAAAGAACAGUGAAGUGUCACAUUUACAGCACAGGAACUAAGGUCUAAAAACGUCUGUCCCUUAACUUCAGACCAGUUUAAACUGGUCGGAUUAUAUUCUUACCUUUCUGUCUCUGAGAUGCAGUCCUAAGUAUUUAGCAAAUCUGCUGUUUAUAUUUUUUUUGUGCACGUGUGAGCAUUCACAGCAUACCUCUGCUUUUGUUUGUAGAAAUCACAAUAACUGUUGCAGCUUUUCACUGGGAACUAAAACUUCUGACUAUUUUUUACUGUGAAGAGCCACCCAGUUGUACUUUCACCUACUGUGUAUGCAUGUGGAAUAUGUAAAACCUUUCUCAAAGGUUGCUUUUUUUACAAGAGAAAGAAAAAAACCCUUUAUGUAACAGCAUGGCAGCUAAUGCAGCUCAUUGUUUUCUUGUUGCCAUGCAAACUGACAGUAAGAACCUGAGCAGAGCUCCUUAAACUUUAAACAGCAUGUCUACUUAACCGCAAAGUGAGGCUCAAGGCAAGCACACAAUUGUUCUGAGAAAGUAGCCAUUUUCUUGUGUAACUGCCAUAUUAGCCUAAAAAUACAUCUUUACAUAUCUCUGGUACAGAUUCGUUUUACACUGAAAUACAAAAUGACUGAGUUUUUCACUAGAGUCAUUGAAACCCACCCCUGAAAACUUUCACCAGUAUCUGACUGGUAAAUUUUUGAAGCAUCUCAUAGUGUGCACCACUGACGAUUCUUUUGUUACUUAGUAGAAACAAGAUGGUGGGUCGACCACCAUUUUGUGAAUGGAAACCAAUAAAAGUACGGCUGGAAAUGGUCUUCCUUUAAUAAAGAAUUCAUUAUUAUUGGACUAAGGAGAUUAAAAGUAGUAGUGGUAAAGAUCUAUUAAGUCUGGCUGAUAUUUCAUUUCUUUCUUUCCUGUAUGAUAUUAAACAGACUAACUUUGUGCUGCUAAUUCACAGUAUCAUAGUAGACCACGCAGCUGGUCCUAACCUCCUUAUUUAGAACUUUUCAUUCUGUUGUGCAAACAUGAACGUAGGACCCCCAUUGCUGAUGUGCCAUCUUUUACAGUAUAUUCAGACCUUGUAGCAUAGUGGUUCCUAAGAGGUUAGGUUAAGAAUCUGCAUUUCAUUUAAUGCUACAUCUGUUAAAGUGAAAAUAUAAAUUAAAUUAGACAGAAAUUCUAUUUAUCAUUGAUCACAUUUGCAUUGUGGUUCCUUUGUUUAUUCUAUCUACUACGUGUUGAUUGAAUCAACAGUCUGGGUCUCUCCCAUAAAAUUGGGUAUCAGCAGUGUAGCAUGUAUAAGUUUAAUAAAUGACAUUACUUAAAUGUUUGGUCUAUAAAUAGUUUCCCAAAUGCAAAAGAACAGCAUGCAAAUAGAGAGCAUACCGUUAACGUCAGAAGUUUAUAAUUGGACCUGGGAAUUAUAACUUACCUUCAGUUACAAUGAAAGACCUGGGAAAUUUUGCUAACUAUUAUACAAUAUAUUUUCUUGUAUUUUUCCCAUUUAACCUAUGUAGAAACAUGUUUACCUGCAGAUCAUCAAAAGUGUAAAUACUACUAUGUUGAAUAUAAGCUGUCAACUGUGCUGGUGAUUAACCUCCAACUGUCCAAGACAGUAGUUGACUUUAGAGAGCACUCCUGUUGAUCCUUUUACUGUAUUUAUAACUUGGAACUUGGAAAUACCAACCUUUGAGUCGAACUGGAAUGCACUAUUAAUCGUAGCAAAGGGUGCCUCCCCAGUGAACUCUGCCUAGCCAUGUAGCUGCUAUUGCAGUUUGAUUGACAUGCUGCAUUGGUGUUGGUUUACAAAACUACUGAUUUCUGCAGCAAAAUGUUACGUUUAAAAAAUCUAUGUCGUUUUUUUUUUAUGGACCAUCAGAGCAUGUGUAAGCUAAGAGAAUGCUGGCUUAUCUUUUUGUUUUAUUUUUGUUUUUACCCAAUACAUCGAUCAUUUUUGUUGUUUAAAAUUAAAAACAUUUCCUAUGCAUUGCACUAAUGUCUUUAAUUAAUGUGAAGAUUUUGUUGUCUCAACUAACCGAUGUACAUUCAACUCUACUCUGACUUCAUACUUUGCUUGGUUGGACAUAUUUAAGUAUUUUUUAUGUGUUUUUCAUCCUCUGUGUCCUCUUGCUACCCAGUUGCAAGGUAAAAUGUAAAAUAUGAUUGAUUUGUGGUUAGCAUUGAAGAAAAUUGUCAAACAUUUUUUAACCUCAUUUUGCUGUUUUUGAUGACAGAUCUGCAAAAAGUAGUUUCCUGCACCUGAUUCUGUUCUUUUUUCUCUGAAGUGUAAAUAUAGACUGCUUGAAAUCAAA